AUGAUUGAAGGCGAAAUCAAAGGUACAUACGAGUUGUCAAAAGCGGCUGUAGCGGCCGCUAUAGCGGCGCUCCGUAGCGGAGCGGUGGCCUCCCGCGCGCUAACAUGGGGGCGCUUUUCUCUUCGCCGUUUCUCGUCGCCGUCUCUCUUCACCGUUUCCACCGUUUCCACCGUUUCCGUUUCACCUUUCCAGCAAGCACUCUUCUUCUUCUACUUAGCCAAUCAGCAAGGUACAACUCUAAUUCAGCAAGAAAAAUAUGGCAGCUUCUUCGUCGACACCGUCAGUAGCUUCAUGUGCUCCAACAUUCAAACCAACCAAUACAGUGGGGGAAUAAGUAGAGCCAAAAGGCAUCAAUUAGGAAUUACCGGUGAUGUAAUUUCUUGCACGAAAACACCCGACGAUGUUAAGGCUAUAUUACGUGUUGACAUGGUUGAUAAAGAGAGAAUUAAGAAAGGAAUACAAGAGAUUUCAGUGCAAUUGGAUGCGGAUGAUACAAUUGAUAUUGAGGAAAUACGUAGAAUUCGAACCGGAAAGAGGAUUGCGGAGAGUGAGAGCUCUUCAAUUGCUUUCAAGAAGACUAAAGGACCGUUGGAUUUGGUGUAUAAGAAGAGUAAGGACACAAGCAUCAACGAUGCGUGUGAUAAAGAAGCGAGGGCAAGAACCAUUCAAUAUAUUGGUCGCUUUUUUUAUACGUGUGGGGUUGCUUUUAACGUAGCACAUGCAAGAGCUUUUAAGUUGAUGUUGGAAGCCGUUGGAAGUUAUGGUCCUCAUUUGAAACCGCCAAGUUAUCAUGAACUCAGGGUUCCAAUCCUUCAGAAAGAGUUGGAAUAUACAAAAGAUUUGUUGAAAAACCAAGAGGUGCAAAGGAAUAGAUAUGGAUGUUCAAUUAUGUCGGAUGGUUGGACAGAUAGAAAAGGUAGAACAUUGAUUAAUUUCUUGGUCAAUUGUCCGGCGGGGACCAUGUUUGUGAGAAGUGUUGAUGCAUCAGACUAUGCCAAGACGGGGGAAAAGCUAGCCGAAUUAUUGGACACUUUUAUUGAGGAAAUGGGUGAAAAAAAUGUUGUUCAAUUGAUUACCGACAAUGGAAGUAAUUAUGUAGCGGCGGGUAAAAUAUUGUGUUUGAAGAGGCCUCACAUGUUUUGGACUCCAUGUGCUGCCCAUUGUAUAGACCUUAUGUUAGAAGACAUAGGCAAAAUUCCAAAGGUUAAAAAGGUUAUACAAAAAGGGGUUAAGGUUGUGGGCUACAUUUAUAACCAUACUUUUGCUUUAAAUCUAAUGAGAAAGACUACCGGCAAUGUUGAAUUGGUUAGACAAGGAGUGACAAGGUUUGCUACCCAUUUCCUUUGUCUACAAAGGAUGCAAGAACUAAAAGGCAAGCUUAGAGAGAUGUUUCUUUGUGAAGAAUGGACGACUUCCAAGUGUGCCAAAGAUGCCAAAGGACAAAGGGCAGCCACUACUAUACUUACGGCUUCAUUUUGGAAUGAUGUUCUCUACACUCUUAAGUGCAUGGCGCCUCUUGUAGAUGUGCUAAGAAUGGUUGAUAAUGAAAAGAAACCCGCAAUGGGAUACAUAUAUGCCUGUUUACAGUGA